CAACGCUGCUGUCAAACGUCAAAAAUGUCAUCAGGCAGUAAAAUAAAAACAGAAGAAAUAAAACAUGAAGAAAACGCGGAGAAAAUCGUGUUUAAACCGAAAAAAACGUAAGCAAUUGAGGCAACGCAUUAAAACGGACGAAGACGAUGAGGAGGAGACCAUAAGUGAGGUUAGCACUAAAUUGGAGGGUUUAAAGGAGUUGCAGAACUUGCGUAAACGCCCUAAUGGAGUAAGCGUUGUGGGUUUGGCUUUGGGUAAAAAGAUAUCGCUGUCAGAUGAAGUUACUUCGAAAGAUCCGUAUAAAAUUCAGAGCGGGGGCAUGGUUAACAUGGACGCUCUGAAAAACGGGAAAGUUAAGCAAGUUGACGAUGCAUACGAUACCGGCAUAGGUACGCAGUUUUCAGCAGAAACAAAUAAGAGAGACGAGGACGACGAAAUGAUGAAAUUCAUCGAGGAUCAGCUGUCAAAACGCAAACAAAAGGGGGAGCAGAGUAGUGAUACAGACGAACUAAAUAAAAGUGCGUAUUUGAGUCCCGAGGAGGCUGCUUUAAGGGCUGUUCCCGAUCACUUGAGGGAAUCGUCUACGAAAAGAUCGGAGGAAAUGUUGUCGAAUCAGAUGUUAAGUGGAAUUCCCGAAGUUGAUUUGGGGAUUGAGGCUAAAAUUAAGAACAUUGAGGCUACAGAAGAGGCAAAGUUGAAAUUAAUAUGGGACAGUAAGAAUAAAAAGGAUGGGCCUUCUCAGUUUGUUCCCACGAAUAUGGCGGUUAAUUUUGUCCAGCAUAACAGAUUUAAUAUUGAUCCAGCCGAAAUAGCAAAUAAAAAAGCAAAAUUAGAGGCUGAGAAGGCAGAAAAAGCUAAGAAAAAGGAAGAUAAAGCCACAGAUGAUUAUCAUUUUGAGAGAUUUAAGAAACAAUUUAGAAGAUAAUUUUAAUAUUUAUUUUAGAUUAAAAAAA